AUGGUUGCGAUCCGAGGGAAGAAGGCCAAGGCCACAGCAAAGCCCAAAGCCGCCAAGACCAAGCUUUCGGUUUCCAAGGCAAAAAAAAGCAUCCGUACCACACCGCAACAAAAACCAUCACGGAACCAUGAGGAGGAAUUCCUGACGCUUAUGCGUUUCGCCCUACAUAGCAAUUUAGCGCGCGGCGUUACUGAAAUUUCGGGUGAGUCUGUGGGCAGCAUUUGCAAUUCGCUGCUCACGGCGUUUUGUGCACAUGGUAAGGAAAAGGCAUUGGCUCCUACACAAAUCUUAGCCAAGCUUCCGCGACUGGAACGGAAGCGCGUGUGUGGCGCCAUCUUCUCGGCUGACGAAAUUGCCUACAGCUGCCGCAAUUGCCAGCUAGACACUACAUGCGUCAUGUGUAAAAACUGCUUCACGCUUAGCAACCACUCGGGACACGACGUGUAUUUUCAACGUACGACAGCAGGCAGCUCGUGUGACUGUGGAGACGUCCAUGCUUGGAAACAGAGUGGAUUUUGCUCAAGACAUAAAGGAACGGUAAUGUCCAAAACUGAGAUUAAGAAACAGAAACUACCCAAGCAGCUUGCACAGACAGCACCUAUAAUCAUUGAUACAGUGGUGGAACAUAUAUACCAAGUAUUACUAGGAACAGAGUAUGGGUUUGAGCUAGCUGAAGCCUUCGAGGUAUUUACGAGAGAACUUCCGUCCCGAUUAUUACCCAUUCAGAGUGAUGCGGAUGGUGUUAAUUUUUCUAAUAGUGGAGGGAGCCCGAAAACAGAGUCAGUGGGAUCGACAAGGCUUUUGACGCAGCUCACGGCUGAAGCUGGAUCAAGAGCUGUUGGACCGGGUGGUAGACUAGAAGCGCAGGCAAAAGAUGCAUCAAAUGCUGACGAUGCAGCGCAGGGGGACAAUACUUGCCGCGACACAUCAAGAGUUGACGAUGAUGCGCAGGCAAGAGUGCUUUUUGGUAUUCGACUGCAUAAUGAUGACGUUCACUCUUUGAACGAAGUGAUCAACAAUUUGUACGUAGAAUUGGGGAUGUCAAAAACUCAGGCGCGUACCUUAGUCAGCAAAGUCGAUGAUCAGGGCGAUGCCACUGUAGCUGUCAUGCCACUGCUGCAAUGUACAGGAGUCGUUGGGAAUUUGUUGCGUCGGUCUCUUAACAUCUCUGUCGCUCCUGUUUGGUGGGAAAAGCAAAUGGAAGGCCUUCCAUCCCUUUUGGAGUGGCUGCAGUGCAUAAGUGCUUUUUCAGAUGGACUUAGUGAGCUUGUGUCUGAAGCGCUUCAAAAGCAGCGCUCGCUUGUUUUUAAAGGAUUUGAACCGAUAUCCAGCGCUCUGCCAAAAAACAAAACGCUCAACGAAUACAUCAAAGAGUUAAGCAUCGGUAUUAACAAUCAUGCUCUGGAAAAGAUUAUCACUUUAAUGCCUGUAGACAAGAAUAUAUACGACCUGGCACGUGAGCUGGAGUCAGAUCAACAGCAGCGUUUUGAAUUUUGCGCUGAAGGUUGUACCAGUAGUGUGGCGUCUUCCGGCAUCACUGCUGGAGAGAGGCGCGUCAGCUGGAAAAACGUUUUAAUUGAAAAUUUUGUCAAGGCAGUGUCACUAAGCCCUUCUUUUCACCGCCAUGACAAAAUUAGAGUAAGUCUUGACGGUGUCAUAGCCAAAUAUUCCUCAUCAAAUCAAGUUGAAGCUUCACCAACAACUUCGUCAGCUCUUACGCUAUUGAUACGAUACGAUUCUACUCUUCAAAAGAGCGCUGUGGAACGAUCGCACUCAUUUAUGCGCGAGCAUUUGGUGAAUAUUCAAUUUCGCGCUAGUAUGCUGGAAGCGUACUUACGAUCAUACGCUUCGAUGACGAGCAUGUAUCUUCGUGGGUUAGGCAAUUCUAGUGAAUCUAUCUUCGACUUUGCCGUACAAUUUUUAACUGUGCCACAUCUAGUACAACAGUACACGAAGAAGGAAGUCCUACUGAAUCCCGGACGAAUAGAGUUGGUUCGCGAGUUGCUGUGCGCCUUAAACAUGAUAUUUCAAUCUGCGUUCGAUGAAAUAGAAGGGGUAUUAAAUGCUGAUCACUCUGCUCUUAGUAGUCAGAAAUACAAGCACUGUGUGGAGAACCUGGAGUAUGUAUUCAAUAUUGGUACUUUGUCAAGCGAACUUGUGUGCAACAUUGACAAUCUCAAAAUUUGGCUUUCGUGUCUAAAUACCUUACAGGGAGGUGAUCUACAAGUUCGCCGAGGAAUCCACCAAAAUCACGUUGAAUACGAAUCAGAUAGCUGGCUUUCGAUGUUUAACCUCGGUAUCCGUGUUCAUUCUUUGUUCGCAAUUUCUUGGAAUGGUUUUGAUUUGUCUCAAUAUCAAACAAAAACGGAGUUGAAACUAGCUGAAGCAUUUGAACCGAUUAUUUAUGCCACUGUUGCAUCUUCAGUCCGUUCGAAUGAAAAGUUGACGAAAAAAAUGUUGAGUCCGAUUGUAAAGCUUACAUCAAUGGGCAAGAAAGUUGCGAGUCGAGAAACAGGAAUUACAGCGUACGAGUUUAACGUUGCGUCUCAACCGACUUCAUUGCACAUCCCGUUGCACCGUUUUCUGACUGCGGCUGUGCGUCAUAUUUGCAUCAAACAGUCAGGUGUAACGAAAUGUAUUGCCUCGAACGGCCUAUUGAAGAUGUUUGGAUUCGACAAAUUAUCGGCUGACAUGCAGUGGGAACUCAUAGAAAUGCCUCUUCGCUGUUUAGUGAUGGCAGCUCAAAUUCACUCGAAUCUGUGGCGUCGAAACGGGGACGAAAACAUGCUAGCGCAACUAUACAAUUACUCGGCGUUACCGUACUGUAUUCACUAUCGUGAUGCCGAUAUACUGAUGUUGCAACUGGGUGUCCUCAUGACUGGCCCGGAUGCUCUCAUGGCACGAAUGAUCGAAGGGUUCCAACUGGGCAGUUAUUUCAUGCUCCAUGAUGAAUCAAAUAUUGAAGGAGCAGAGGAUCAAUUAAAGCAAUUUGGCUAUACAGGAUUAGAGGAAGGAAUUGAUGAGCAACAACGACAACAAAUGCUGGAAGAGUUUUUGCGUCUCGUGAUUGUAAUGGGCACGAGUCUUCCAAGCACAACAGGAUCAAUCUACGACGAUGACUUCUUGAGAGAAGAGAUGCUGCAGCAGCUGUGCUCAAAGUCACAGUGUUUUAGUAAGCUUGUUGAUCUUGCCAUUCUUCCGUCAGGUCAGGAUGAUAUCCCAACGGUACGGCUGGAAAGUAUUCUUGCUAGUGUUUCGAAUUUUAUGCCUCCGUCGGGACUCGAACCUGGUCGAUACGAGUUAAAAGAAGGUCUUCUUGAAAACUAUAACCCAUACUUCCUACACCUCAAUCGUGAAGCACACGAACUAGCACGUGAUCGUUGGACAACGUAUCGCAACGCCUGUCGCCUAAAGGCAAAAAAGACUGCCCCUGAUGCCCCUCCAAAAGUACCAUUGAAGCCUGCAAAGCCUCCUCUUGGGUAUCUCCGUCCAGUUCAAGAAAUCCUGACGUGUGACAGUGCAGUGGCCAUCGCACAUGUCAUUCUUUGGAAGGUCCUUUCCUCGGUGGAACCAGCGCCAGCAUCGGCCUCCAGCUUAGAAAAUAGCGUGUCGGAUGCUGUUGUCUCGACUUGUUUACACAUGCUAGUGCACGGUGUUCACACGGCGUCGAACACUUCAGACUGUCGAUUCUGGUCACGCUUGAGCAAUUCAAACACAGACAUCUCAAACAUGUCGAUUCUUCAUCUCUUAAGUCAGUUACUUGAGCAGGCGACUACGUUGCUCGACAGUGAACAAGCUGGAACUGUGGAGUGGCUCAUAUGGAAGAUUACAAUUGAAUCACCGGCUUGUAAGAAAAUCUUUGAGCAAAUAGCAACCGAAGCAAAGUCGAAACAAUCGAAAACCCAAGCUUCCUUUUUGACUACAAGUUGCUUGGCUCAGAGUGGCUUGGUCGAUUCUACAUCAAUGACGUUGGAACAACGCAAAUUGGAAGCCAGAAAGAGAGCGAUGGCUGCAGUUGCUAAACGCCAGGCCGCCUUUCAGGCGAUGGUUGAUAUCGCGGAGGAAGAGAAGGACGAAAAGAAAGGCGAAGAAGAGCUAAGCAAUGCUCGACGUUCUUCAUUAGGAAAACGCAAAGCUCUGAUGGUGGAAGGGUCUAUUGAAACCACGACGAAGCACCAGAAAGUGGUGAAUGAGCACUGCUACAAAUGCAUUCUUUGCCAUGACAAUUCGUUUCAGGGGCAGAUGGGUAUGGCAGCCUACGUUCAUCAGUCAACAGUGUUAGCUCCAGGAUUCCGACCAGAAGCUGACGAGGCUCUCAAUGCUGAUGGCAAGGAGAUUCGUGGUCACGUAAAGAAAGUGAUCGAGAAGAUGGAAUUGUGCUCAGGUGGUGGCUCGAACGCGUCGGAUAACUGUCCGUCUCCUACAUUCCGUGCUCUUGCAACGUCAUUCCCGGAAUGGUAUAUGGACGAAUCUCUAGAGGAUCAACUCACUCGCAACAAUACGGCACAGAAUAGCCCUCGUACCCCUGCGACUCGUCGCCCUCGCGCUGAUCGAAUUCGCUUUGGUAAUGGAAAUAUACCGAUGCUUGAGGGCGAGCUUUUGCAAACGGAUGAAGAGUUAGAGGUGCUAGAAGGUGUUCUCGAUCUUCGCGAAGACCAACGGCUGUUUCCAAUGGACAUGCGUGGUGCAGUGAGCUUAGAUUUACAUGAGAGUCGAGUCGAGCCGCGUCGACCAGGUAAUCGUGCAAAUACAGGAACGAGGGGCGGCAAUCCGCGUGGUCACGGAGGAUCAAUGAAUGACAGUGAUAAUGAUGAUGAAGAUCCGUCGUCGCGUUUCCGUUUAGAGCGCAUGCCACCUGGAUUUGGGCAAUCUUACCAAAGUGCUAAACUUUAUCUUACCCCGUGCGGGCUGCACGUUCGUACGUGUCAGCAUGCAGUGCACAUUAAUUGUCUUGAGCGUUACAUUACGUCCCUGCAUGACAAGGCAAUGCGUGGUGAAGAAUUUGAUGGUGUUCAAGCAAUUGAUCCAGAUUCAGCUAUGACGCAGUUUCUCUGCCCGCUAUGUAAAACGUUAAGCAAUUUCUUGAUCCCGACAUCUGAGCCCCGCGCUUCAAUCGUAAAAGAUGAUGAGCGGGAACAAAAGCGUUCGAUCACAGAAGGUGAGCAAGUCAAACUUGCUACUUGGGACAAGAUUGUGACAGAUCAACUGUCGAUGCCCGGAUGGUACCGCUCUGUACUUGGACGCGAUGGAGUGUUUGACGACGAUGAAAAUGAAACAGAGCAUGAUAUGUGGAGGGAUUACUUUGAGGAUACGCUUUGGGAACCUCAUGGAAGUCUAGAGAAGGGUGCGCCCUUUUUGUGGGCGGCGUGCGCGUAUACGUUGGCAUCGUUUUUGGUUGUUGCUGAAGAAGAGCACCGAAUUGUCUCAAAAACGAAUGAACCAUUCGAUCCACUGACAGAUCAAUGCCCUUUAUCGCUAGAAAAGGAGCUAGAGUCGCUGACAUGCGUGACAAAAUUCUGCCGAUGGACAUGCUCGCUGUUAGAGCACUGUGCCGACGCCAAAGUGAUAUGGGAGGCCGCUAAACGCUGCUGUCCGAUCAACACUGAGACAAAGCGAGAGUAUCGCAAGUUUACAAAGGUACUCGGUUCGAUCGAUGCUUGUCUUCGGGGUACUAUUCUGGGUCUGCUAGUGGCCGAUACAUUCACGGCUUUCGUGGUGUCGAGUGUGAUUGCCGACAAACUUAGUACGAUUCGGCAAUUUAUUCCUGUGUUCACCGCAGCAGACUUACUGCAGCGCUUGUACUCGGAAUUUUUCGAACCUACUAAGAUAGAAGGAACAUCUCUGUUUCAAGAUAAGAAUUCGCUUAUGACAUUAAGCGAGAAAGAAAAAUCAAAAGAGCAGAGAGCACUAGAAGUGGACGCCUCAGCAUCUGCAGCACGCCGCACAAGAAGUGGCCGUGCUAUAAAUUCGAUGGAUGUCGCUGCAAAAGCUGUUGGAUCUGUUCAACAGCUGUUGGAAGUAUUGAAAGCUUCAGAUGAGGUAGAAUCUGAGGUGUUUGCUGCCUUGCAGCUUUUGCAGCGAAUGUCGAAAGCUUUUCCAGCCGAGAAAUUGAAACCUCUGACUUCGGUAUCGGAUGUUGUGUCGCGGCUUCAACGCAUUUUGCCAUCGAAUGCUUCGUUUGUUCGGCGAAUGAAGCUUUUUUGGCGCUGCCUUGUUGACGCAGAAACAUUUGACUCUGCCACCAGCAAGAUGGCUCAGAUCCCCACGAUAGUCGACAUCGCUCAAAGUUCCGACGCUACGUUUGAUCAAAUUUGGCAUUGGUGCAUGGAUCGCAUGCUAAGCAAAACUUUUCUGGGGAGUUCGAAGGUUGGAGACAAGUGCGAACACACGGAAGGGUGUAGUGAAGCCUAUGUUGCUAGCAUGUUCAUUUUGCGCGAAGUGCCCACUCGGCCACGUUUGAUUGAUUUGCCGAUUCAAUACGACGAGCUGUACAGUCAAAUGGCAGGGCGUAAAUGCACAAGAUGUGAAAAAGCACCUUGUGAUCCUGGUUUAUGCUUGAUUUGUGGUGAGUAUCUCUGCUGUGGAGACUCUUGCUGCACGCGUGCGUUCAUGCCACAUGGACCACCUGUAGGGGAAUGCACACGCCAUGCUGCUGAGUGCGGGGGUGGUGUGGGCAUCGUUCUUCUCCUAGAGCAAUGUCGCAUUGCAAUUGUUGGAGGCAGCAUGGCUGCGUAUUUUCCGAGCCCUUACGUAGACUCUCACGGUGAAGAAGACGUCGGGCUUCAACGUGGCCGUCCACUUCGUUUGGAUAUGACUCGCUUUAAGAGUUUAGAGUCGUUGUGGCUCAACCACCGCAUUUUUACUGAAGUAUCGCGCCAACGCAAUCAGCGAGACCCGCAGUAUACGAUCAAUCUGUCGUAUCUCUAG